GCCGCCGCUCCGUCAGGCUCGCGGCUCCGCAGCGGCGCGCUCCCCGCCGCCCCUCAUGGCGGCCCCCGGGACGCUCGGGGGCCCCGUCCUGAAAGAUGUUGUGGCGUAUGUAGAAGUAUGGUCAGCCAGUGGAACAGAAAAUUAUUCAAAGACAUUUACAGAUCAACUUGCGGACAUGGGGGCAAAGGUUUCAAAAACUUUCAACAAACAAGUGACUCACGUCGUGUUCAAAGACGGGUACCAGAGCACCUGGGCCAAAGCGCGGAAGAGAGGCUUGAAGCUCGUCUCAGUGCUCUGGGUUGAAAAAUGCAGGACAGCUGGAGUGCACAUUGAUGAAUCGCUGUUCCCUGCAGCUAAUCCCAGUGAACACCUACCAAGCCUAAUGAAAAAAAAACGCAAGUGUAUGCAGCCCAAAGAUUUUAUUCCUAAAACACCAGAAAAUGAUAAAAGACUGCAAAAGAAGUUUGAGAAAAUGGCUAAAGAGCUGCAACAGCAGAAGACCACUCUGGGUAAUGAUGCUCCUGUUCUCUUGUUCGAACCUAAUGGCUCCCUGGUGUACAGUCCCCCAGUUAGAAUCUGCGGUGGCCACCACAGUGCAGCGGGGAAGAGACUGCAGGCGAUGCAGGCGAAACGGGAGGGUCUUUUCCCCACCUGUAAGUGACACUUCGUACGAUGGAAAUUGUGAAGUAGCUUCCCAGAUGGUUGAAAAGUCUGACGAUAACACCGUUAACUCUCUGUGUGAAGCAUCUUUGAACCUUUCACAUGAUACUUUGUGUUCAGAGGACUUCUUUGCUGGUGUUCUGCACUUGUCUUUUGAUGAUCUUUGUGGGAGCUCUGGAUGUGGGACUCAGCAGAGGAAAUUGGGCGGAUUCCUUGAUGAAAGUAAAAGCGCUGCGUGUGCUUCCUCAGCUGUGUUGAAAACGAGCAGUGUCCCUCCGCCGGCAUCUCCCGGUUCCCGCGGUCGGUUAACCCUUCACCAGCCCCCCGGCAGCCUUUCCAAGGGAGACACCCACGGGCAGAGGGGUGCCGCGGGCCGAGCCAUCCCCCCCGACGCAAAGCCAGCGUGGGAGCCGGCUCGGGGGCUGUUCGACGGGAAGAGGGGCCCGUCUCCCACGUCAUCUGUAACAAAAGAGCCCCCCAGGGGCCCUUCAUGUCCCCAGAGCUCCUCAGCCACGGGAAGAAGGGUGUCGGCGAACUCCAGGCCACCCCCGGAGGAGAGACUGAGGAAGAGGCGGUCCCUCGGGUGGCCCCCCGCGCCCCGGGUGCAGCCGGUGAACAGCCCGAAGUGCGCGAGCCGCUCUGCCAUUGAGACUCGGGGCCGCGGGGAGUCCUCGUACGAUGAUUACUUUUCUCCCAAUAAUCUCAAGGAGAGGGACUCGGAGAGCCUCCUUCCCGGGGUCCAGCCGCCCGCCGGCCCUGCCCUGCUCCACUGCACGAGGAGCCUUUCCAGGAGGGAGAGGACCAGCCUCCUGGAAAGGGCUGACUUUUCCUGCAUCGGCAGAAACCCCAGGUCAGCCGAUGGUACCUACUCAACAGUGAAGGCUGGCUUCCGUCUCCAGAAACCUGCAAACUACGGAGCUGAUCUGGGCUUGAGCAGCGUGACUUCUAAGGAAACGCCUGCUGCCGAAGGGACCCCAGGGGACUGUCCCCGGGCCGAGGCUCAGAGACGGGGAGACGCCCGCCCGGGCGGGAGUGACUCUCCCCAUACCCUCGACGGACUCACUCCUCAGAAGGGACGUCGAGGUGAUUUUACUCCUUUGAAAGGAAGCAAUAAAGAAAUGAAAGGAUGGAUUGACAUAAAAAGCACACAGAAAGAAGAUACUCCUUCUAAAAUGGUGAAUUCCCCUGAAGGUGAAGCACUAAGUGAUUAUAAGCUAAACCGUGCAGGCGACUGUGAUGUGGAAAAGUCUGCAGAGGCGAGGGAGGAGUUACCCCGAGGAUGCAGUGAAAGUGUUAAAAGAGGACCAACAAGGCAUGAUGUUUUGGAUGGCUCAUGGGAAGGCUUCAAGGAUCUCAUCAGACCUCAUGAGGAAUCAAGGAAGAGAGAGAAAGGCCAGAAGCCAACAAGAACAUUAGUCAUGACAAGCAUGCCAUCUGAGUACUGUGGUCUUUGGAAAUGGGUCAUCGGAUUUCCGAGGAACCGUUCGAACAGUCAAACUACUUCCCUGCAGCUCCUACUUGCUCACUCAGCACAAGGUCUGGGCCUCAGAGAACCGCCCGCUGCUGCCGUGAAGGAGACGCCGCUCAACCCACGGCUGCUGCUAACAGCCCACCCCGUCGUCCUCGGACGCUCAAGUGAGGGGAGGGGUGGACGCAGGAAGGAUGCCCUUCUAUACCGUCACGUUUGCCGCCUGUGGGUGUUGUGGUUUUCACGUGAAGAAAGCUCCUUCGUGCGGCUUUCUGAUGCCUGAGUGUGUGUCUCAGAGAAGCACUGACCCGCCCUGUUGGGCCUUUUCUACUAAAGCCGGACUGUGUGUCCUAGUGAUCAUAAUUGAGAGGUCCCAGAACCUUUGUCAUUGAAGUGCCAUACUGUUAAAUAAAGGAUGGAAAUUA